AAAGAUGACGGUUGUCUGUCAGCUGCAUGUUGUUUUGUCUUUCUUUGCGAUUGGAAGCUGUCGAUGAACCGAAGGGUAAACGCAACUGUGUGAAGAACUUGGCUCUCGUCCACUCAAAACUAUGUGUGACGCUGGCUGGUGUGGUGUCUAAUGUCCCCUCCUCUACCCCACUGGUUGGCUACUUUCACAAUCCAGUUCGAAUGAACAGUAUGUUUGUCAUAGGCUGCACAGCAAAAAUACAAGAGGUAUCUGGCAUAAUUUAGCUCUAAUAAUUAUGCUAACAUAACGACUAUUAUUUUCAAUACAUUUGGUCAAUAUAUUACUUGAUGAUAUAUACGCCUAUAAUCAAUAAAUCAUGACAUUUCCAAUAAUUAUGUUUAAUCUCACAACUCAAAUGAAGACCGGAGGUAAACAAGGCUUCAGCUCACUAACCACCUUCAUCUUUUCGUAGUGUGCUGGCUCAGUCCUAACGUAAUAGCCUGGUGACAACGAGGUUACUGCAUGCUUUUAUUUUAUUAAAUGGGAGGAAACGGAGAAGGAACGGGGAAAUAAUGGACCAGUAACUCCAUCUGUGUUUCGGGCUGGAGAACAGUAGCAAGCAGCAGCAACAGCCCUGUACGAGGUGUCUACCCGGUGUCUGUCAUUACAAGCUGUGGGAUGUCAUAGUCCGAGUUCCUUGGAUAUCUGAGAGACAUUGAGGAACCAGUGCCACCAUGGACUCCUGGGUGUUCCCCUCCUCGCUCCCCAACCUAACCGAAGAACCCCUGAUGUACGACAGCUUUAUUCUGGGCAACGAGUCAACGGAACCCAAUGGUACCUAUACGGGCGACAACACGUUCAACCAGACCAGCACCAUGGUCAUCACCUUCCUCUACUUCCUGGUGUGUGGUAUCGGUCUCUGUGGCAACGCCCUUGUGAUCUACGUCAUCCUGCGCUACGCCAAGAUGAAGACGGUCACUAAUAUUUACAUCAUGAAUUUGGCAGUCGCAGAUGUUCUGUUCAUGUUGGGGUUACCGUUCAUCGCCAUUCAGCUGGCGCUGGUCCACUGGCCGUUCGGUGCGGUGCUGUGUCGCGUGGUCAUGACCGUGGACUCACUCAACCAGUUCACCUCCAUCUUCUGCCUUAUGGUCAUGAGCAUCGACCGCUACCUGGCCGUUGUGCACCCCAUCCGGUCCACCAAGUGGCGCAAGCCACGUAUGGCCAAGACCAUCAACCUGGCGGUGUGGGGGGUGUCACUCCUGGUCAACCUGCCUAUCAUAAUCUACAGCGGUUUAAUCACCAAGCACAACAGUUGCUUCUGUACCAUCGUGUGGCCGGAGCCUGAGGAGGCCUACUACACCGCCUUCAUGUUCUACACCUUCGUCCUGGGUUUCUUCCUCCCGCUCAUGGUCAUCUGCCUGUGUUACCUUCUCAUCAUCAUCAAGGUGAAGUCGUCAGGGAUCCGUGUCGGGUCCACUAAGAGGAAGCGCUCGGAGAGGAAGGUGACCCGUAUGGUGUCCAUCGUGGUUGCCGUGUUCGUCUUCUGCUGGCUGCCCUUCUAUGUCUUCAAUGUGACGUCGGUGACAGGAACCAUCUCCACCACGCCCUUCCUGAGAAGCACCUUUGCCUUCGUGGUGGUCCUGGGUUACGCUAACUCGUGUGCCAACCCCAUCCUUUACGCGUUCCUGUCGGAGAACUUCAAGAAGAGCUUCCAGAACGUUCUGUGUCGGAAGAAGGUGGGCGGGCUGGAUGUGAUUGAGCGCAGCGACAGCAAGCAGGACAAGUCGCGCAUGAUGAAUGACCCCACGGAGACUCAAAGCACGCUGCUCAAUGGAGACCUGCAGACCAGCAUUUGAUGCUUGUUAAUUCUAAUGCAUCCCUUAUGUGUGAUCUAUACAGACAUCUUUGAUUUCACAUCAACUCUCCCUCAACCUCACAAGCUCAUCACACACAAACAAAUAAACUAACAAAACGCGCACACACACACACACACACACACACACACACACACACACACACACACACACACAGGUGUUUCUGCAGGUGGAAUCGGUCAUCCUGACCUGUUAUCAUGCCCUAUGAACAGCUCACAUAGGGAGAGUGAUUGUAGUUGAUCUCAUGGUGUGAUAUUUUGUAAGCAUUUUCUUCUCCCUGUGGACGAGAUGAAAAAAAUGCCAAAGGAACUAAGCCCUCAUGGUGUCUGCUCCUCAACGGCUGUUAUCAUGUUCUUUAUGUCUCAUAUCUCUGUUUACCAACUCUCUCUUUACUUUCUCAAAAGACAUACAAUGACAUGACAUUGGGUUUUCCUGGUCGUAAAAACCCAUACAUUGUGAUAUCUUCAUAAAGGAGAGAAUACAAACUGUAGUUGUGACUGCUCUCCGGUGUUUGGGUGGAAAGCUGAAGAUGUGUACUGAGUGUAUUGACGCUGGUGGACAGUGACAGGAUCAUGUGAGGACCAGAACAGGGUUGUGUUCAUUAGGCCCCAAACGGAAGAAAAGGGACUGAAACCGGGAAGUGCUACCUGAAAUGGUCUAAUAAGAAAGAUGCGUUUUCCGCUGCAGAGCACUUUGACAUGUCCCAGACUGUUACCUACGGUUACUGAUUGACAGCAGACGAGACUUAACCAUGGAGAACAAGGAUUCCCUGCACAGACGUUUACACUAGCAGGGUGAACCACCACCUCAAUCGGUCUUUGUCACAUUGUCCUGUAGCCAAGAUAAAUAGCAGACUAGGACGUAGGAAGUAUGCCAAAGUGAGACUAGGACUAUAGCAGACUCACUGUGUGCAUAUUGUCUGUUUACAAAGAUUGUGUCCAAAAUGGUGGGCAGAAUGUGGAAUUAGUAACAUGCCUCUAUUCUUAGAUACUGUAUUACUUAACACAACAGUGAGCAGCAGGCCGCAUCACCUCUGGAUCACUAAUGACUUAUCUAAUGACUUACUACAGAGAGAGGAGGAACAGUAGAGAUACUGGGACUACUUUGAAAUGACAUAAAAACACAUGAUAUCCCACAUUGUUAAUUUGCUGGCACAAGUCCUGCUGAGACUUAUACUGUCCAAAUAUGGACUCCGUAAAGUCGGUUUAACAUUAUGGUUGACCUUAGUGGGUUUUUUUAACCUCAGAAAGACAUAUUUGCUGUGGACAAAUAUUCAUCAGUGAGUCAUGGACCUACAGCGCACAGCUGAACAGUUACAGAGUUGGAAUCACAUGAUGACUGUAUGAAGUCCCCCGAUAACUAUGAAUGCACCCUUACUAUGUAAUUGAACAGUUUCUCUCUCUGUGUGUGUGUGAGAGAGUGAGUGUACACGUGUGUGUGUGUGUGUGUACUGUACACAGUGUUUUAUUUGAUACAGCAUUUAGUCCAAGGCCAUGAUUAGUAGAAGUGUAGAAUGAGUAGAUAUUGUACCCAAUAUGGGUACCAGGUGACCUCACCAGGAAAAACUCAGGGCCCAAAUUAUAAUUCUAGCCCAGUGUUUCUUGGUCAGAUCACAUGACCAGUAAGGGUGCAGAGUCCUACUACAGAGAUGAAUGCUGACAUUUUGUUAUAUUGACGGUAUUAGCAUGGCAUCGACCAAGGCUAAUCACUAACCAAACUGCUGCUAGACUGUAUAGACUCCAAUGUGUGCUGUAAUUGUCAAGUCAACAUUGUCAUGUCGUGGUUGAGAAUCAUUUAAUUAAUUUUUCGUCCAAGCUGAAUAGAACUGUUUGAUAGUUUAGAUAGCGAAGACAAUGCAUUUUUUCAAUCCUAUUGUCCAGUCCUAUUUGAAACCAUCCCUUGUCACGUUUCACCUCCUUCAUAAAUUGUUGCUAUUGCUGUUAUGUUGCAGUUACAGAAUAAUGUCCAGGAAAGACCAGUCUUUGCUUCAGCAGGUAUUGAAUACUGUAGUGGUCUUCUUUGCUGUAAAUUAAGCAGCGCUAAUCUGUUUCUCCAUCCAGCAUCAUUUCUUCAAAGCCCAAAGAACAAAUCCACAGUCUGAUCAGUUACAAUUCAAAAUGGCAGUCGUCAGAAACACUGCAGGUCAUGCUACAAACACCGAUAAAUCUCUAUCGCAUCGUGGGUUCAUUAUUUGAAAUAGUUACCUUUAGUUUGGCAGCUGUUUGACCUGCAUCUGACCCACAUUUUAUAGCUGGUCUUCAGGCUUGCCGAGUCAUGUUGUGUUUGAGAUGCUGAGCUCAUCACAGGCUACCCAGGCCUAGGGCAGGACAAUCACCCACAUACCCCUACUAUUUCUGAGAGGUCAAGUCUACUCAUCCCAGGCCACCCAUGCAGGCCCAGGGCAGGACAAUCACCAACCUAUCCCACACUGCCUGACAGGUCAGCUCUGGCACACUGGCAUAUGGAGCAUUACCACUGGGCACACACUAGUUCAAUCAACAUUGUUUCCACGUCAUUUCAACGUGGAAUAGACGUUGAAUUGACCUCCGUUCCCAGUGUGCCCUCGCUUUGGGAGGUCAGAGGUCACGCUGAGGCCUCCAGUCUGAGCGAUGUGAAUUUGAGAAGGGCUAGAAAACAUUGUACCCCUACGGGGUUGCAGCAGUGUUCAUUCUACUCCCCGUCAUCAUCACUCCCUAAAUCUCAGAGGUAUAACCUGUGGAUCGAUCUAUGCCUAUAUGGUAGUGUGUACUAUACUGUAGAUCUAGCUAGAACAGUCAGUACAAAGCCUUCUCCUCUUCCAUAAAGGUUCACCUGACCCAAAGUGCCAUUGUCUCCAGGUGCCAUUGACGCCAUUCCAUUUGUUCUGCUCCAACCAUGAUUAUGAGCCGUUCUCCUCUCAGCAGCCUCCUAUGAUACAAUAGUUUAUAUUGGAUGUGUCUUUACAUUUUGAAUACCAUCACAUUUGAUUUGCAAUUGACAGAGCAGUGGUUCCCAAUACUGUUACGUGUGAAGGAGAGCUCAGGCUCCAUAAUCUGGCUUCAACCUCCAUUAUGAGUGGCCGGCUGUAUCUUUGCUUCGUGAAAAACCUUUUCAGAGCUUUUUUGACUAAUAAAACAUCUGACCAUG